AUGGCAUCUCUAACGGGCAAAGUCAUCGCCAUCACUGGUGCUGGUGGAGGCAUCGGAUCAGUCACCGCUGAACUCUUAGCGUCCAGAGGAGCAAGUCUCUCUUUGAUUGACAUGGACCUCAAGGCCUUGGAAGAAGUGGCCGAAACAAUUCGCGCCAAGCAUAAAACGGAUGUCAUGACAACUAGAGUGAACGUCACAAGUUCCGAGCAAGUUGACGACUGGAUUGCAUCGACUGUCAAACACUUCGGAAAACUGUCGGGAGCCGUCAACCUAGCAGGAACUCUCGGGAAGGAGAUGGGCUUGAAGGCCGCUCACGAAGUAUCAGACGAAGACUUCGAUUUCGUGAUGGCCAUCAAUGUGAGAGGGGUCAUGGCAUGUCAGCGUGCUCAAAUCAGGAGCAUCGAAGAUGGAGGGUCAAUUGUCAAUGCCACCAGUGUGGCAGGCAAGAUCGGGAUUGCCAAUCUGUUGGCUUACGGCACCAGCAAACAUGCUGUCAUCGGCUUGACCAGGAUUGCUGCGGCGGAAAAUGGUCACCGCAAUGUGAGGGUGAACGCAGUCGCCCCCGGGACCAUCGACACGCAGAUGAUUACUGCAGCUCAGGAGGUAAGCAUGCCCGGCAGUGACAAGCCCCGCGCCCCAAUACAAAGGUUGGGAACGCCAAUGGAAGUUGCGACGUUGAUUGCGUAUUUGCUGAGCGAUGAAUCCACAUACACAACCGGGGCAGUCCAUACAAUCGACGGCGGCAUGACUGCAUAA